CUUCUCGAUGAUUUGCGAGUGACGAUCGGAAAGGACACUAGUUCUUCUCAGCCGUUGCGAGAAAUCGCGACUGUCGGUGCUAGGAACGGCGUGCUGUUCAUUCACUGCUUUGACUCGUCUUACGUCAAGGAUGUGGAGAAGGCGAUCUACGCUUCGCAGUUGAAUCUUGCGCCGCAGGUCGUCUCUGGCGACGAGGAGGGGACGUUGCGGGUACCGGUGCCCAAGCCGACAGUGGAGACGCGCAAGGAGCUCCUCAAGGACAUUUCGCGCAUCUGCGAGAGCGCGCGGGUUUCGAUCCGCUCCGCGAGACACGCCGCGCAGAAGCAGAUCAAGGCGGACAUUGAUGGCAAGAUCGUCGGCAGCAGCGAGGGCAAGGCGCUGAUGAAGAAGGUGAGAGCGGGGAGUGCAUCCCCACGCGCGGGAGUGCGCUUUGGCUGA